UGCGCCCAGUAGCAUUUAGAGCGUUCAGUUGACAGGUUGUCAGGCCGCGUCUAUCUAUUCUGGAUCGUAUUCUAAUAAGAUGUUCUGCCGUUGCUUGCUCGUCGCAGUCGUCUGCUUGAUGGGCGCCCGCUCCGCACGAGCAGCCUACGGCGAUGACUGUGACACACCGAACGGGCAGCGGGGUCAGUGCAUGCCGUUCUCCUCCUGCUCGGACAUCGAGCAACGUCUCUUGGCGGCCCAGCAGAGCGGGCAGCGUGUGGCGCCCGAGUAUGCUAGCUAUUUGAAAAAGGCGUCCUGUGGCGAGAUCAAUGGAGUGCGACACUUCUGCUGUCCUUCGCCGGAGAUACAGCACAACUCCAAGGUCAUGGAGCUGUUUAAGAGCAACGGCUUCAACUGCGGCAACAUACUCAAUCAGCGCGUGGCCCAUGGCUACGAGGUGAAGCUGUCCUCCAGGCCCUGGAUGGCCCUGCUGCGUUACCACAGCCUGGGCGAAUCUCGUUUUCUGUGUGGCGGCACAAUCAUCGCCAACCGCUAUAUUUUGACUGCUGCCCAUUGCGUCUAUGGACUGGAGGAUCAGCUUUAUGAAAUUCGCUUGGGCGAGCAUCGUAUCUCCACGGACCGAGACUGCCGGCAGCAGGGACGCAAAGAGAAGUGCGCACCGCCUGUCAAGGAUCUGGGCAUUGAGAAGUUUAUCAUACAUGAGAAAUACGAUCCCAAGAGCAUCAUCAAUGACAUCGCCCUGCUGCGCCUGAAUGAGAGCGUUAGCUUUGACAAGCACAUUAAGCCCAUCUGCUUGCCCAUCAGCAAUGAACUGAAACAGCAGGCGGAAUCGCUGGUGGAUUACUUUGUCACUGGCUGGGGCACCACCGAGAACGGUUCUUCUUCGGAUGUGUUGCUGCAGGCCAAGGUGCCCAUUCAGUCCCGUUCGGUCUGCUCGCAGACCUACCGCCGCGAGGUGCCCCAUACUCAGCUCUGCGUGGGCGGCGGCGACUUGCAGGACUCGUGCAAAGGUGACUCUGGUGGCCCACUGCAGGCGCCUGCUCCCUACCUGGACGAGUACAAGGUGCGCAUGGUGGAGUUUGGCAUUGUGAGCAUGGGCGUGACAUCCUGCGGACAGAUCAGCCUGCCGGGCCUCUAUACCAAUGUCGCCGUCUAUGUGCAAUGGAUAACAGAUGUCAUGGCCACAAAUGGUCUAUAAAACAUAUGGAAUAAGCAUCUAAGCCAUUUAUAUACGUAAUAUGUAAGCUUCUUCUAUGUCUUGUUAUGUCCGUUAGACACUUCUUUG